AUGUAGACCGUUCCUCCCACCAUGAAAGCUCUUGUUUUAGAAAAAUACGGAGCUCCCCCAAUUUAUGUUGAUGUCCCAGUUCCUCGUCCUGGACAUUCUGAAAUUUUAGUUAAGAUCAUAGUUUCACCUAUCAACCCAGCUGAUCUUUCUUUUAUGAAGGGUUAUUACUCUUCUCAAAAAAAGAUCCCCGUCACUCUUGGUUCUGAAGGUGCUGGUAUUGUUGUUGAUGCAGGUGCUGAUCCCUAUGCUAUGAGUUUAAUUGGCAAAAAGGUAUCUAUCCUUGUUGAAAAGGGAUAACACGGAUGCUUUGCUGAGUACGCUGUUGCUGAAGCUAUUCAAGCCAUCCCCUUCCCUGAUAACUACUCUUUCGAAGAAGGUGCUUCUGGCUUAGUAAACCCCUUGUCUGUUGUUUUGAUGUUCAAGAAGGUUUAAGAAAGAGAAGACAGAGCUGUAGUUAAUAAUCCUGCUGCUUCAGCUUUAGGUCGUAUGCUUUAUAGAAUUUGCAAGCACAAUAAUAUACCAGUUAUCAAUAUUGUUCGUCGUAAGGAGUAAGCUAAUCUCUUGAGAGCAGAAGAAGGCUGUGAGCACAUUCUCAUAACCGAUGAACCUAAUUUUGAAGAAGAUCUUCGUAGCCUUUCUGAAAAGCUUGAUGCCACUAUAUCUUUCGAUGCUGUUGGAGGUCCUCUUGCUGGAGUCAUUCUUAAAAAUAUGCCUGAUGGUUCCACAGCUUACAUUUACGGUAACUUGUCAAUGAAGAACAGUGAAGCAAGUCAAUUCGAUCUUAUCUUCAAAAAGAAGAAAAUAAAAGGUUUCUGGUUGAGCACUCAACUCAAGAGAAUAGACCGUAAAUAAUUACUUGAAUUAUAUGCUUAAAUUGGUCCCAUGUAUAGAGACGUAUUAGCCACAAAGUACAUUAAAAAAUACCCUCUCUUCUAAAUCGGAGAUGCUGUUCGUUUCUAUCUCAAGCACAUGUCUGAAGGUAAAAUUUUGCUCUCAACUCUUGUCAAUAAAGUCGAAGAAAUUCCUUAUGCUCCUCAAGCAGCUAGAUUGUGA